AUAUGUCGGAUGGGCAGAGUUCCGUAACGAUUGUAAUGAGAAAUUAUAGAAUUAACUGUGAACGUCGCGAAUUUCUACAUAAAUAUAGUAUUAGAAUAAUCAGUUACUCUAACUCCAUUUACUAGGUUUUAAAGUUGACCAAUAUAAUUUCUGUGACCAGUACUAUAACCUAUAGAGGUGAAUAAUUUAUCAACCUUUCUUGUAAUUGAAGUAAGAUUCUUUAGCUCGCGAUAAAUGAAAGUGUUGUUUACAUUUUGUGUAGUGCACGGUGUACAGGAAUCGUUCGCGUAGUGCUUGUAUUGUAGAAGUAACGGCAUCGGUUAAUAAACGAGUGAAUAUGUGGAAGUGGAUUUAGUUGGUUUUUGUGUAAAAUGUGUUUGAUCCUGUCUAAUUUAAUUACAAAGUGCAUUUGUGGUGUUUGUGCUCGGAUGUUGCCGUAGGAUUGCCAUGUCCAGACUCGUCGAUUACUUCGUGAUAGUGGGAUUUGACCACGAAAAAGAAAGGGGCGGUCUGAGCAGCGGCGUGAUCCUCCAGCGCUUCCCAGAGACGAACUGGGACGACACUCCUUUCCACGACGGGAUAGAAUGGUUCUGCCAGCCUCAAGGAUGGGCGCUGUCCACAGAACGGUCCGAGCCCCGGUUCUACGUGUCGGUACUGACCGACGUGGACGCGAACCGGCACUACUGCGCCUGUCUCUGCUUCAACGAGACCGUGGCCAUCACGCCCUCGAAGCCUGCAGACGAGGACGAGGAGUCCCUGGAGUCUUCGAGGCCGGUGUCGAACAUCACCCACCACAGCAUCAUGUACGCGCCCAAAUGUCUCGUCAUCGUCUCCCGGCAGGACUACAUCGACACCUUCAGGAACUGCCUCGGCAUAAUCUACACAGUUUGGGUGGAGAACCUCGGCGUGCCCUUAGAGACCCUGGUCGGUAACCUGCUGGGCUGCGUGCUGGUGCCGCCGGCGGGCGGGCCGCAGGUGCGCUUCAGCAUCGGCGCCGGCGACCGCCAGGCGCUGCAGCCGCCGGCCGCGCCGCCCAUGCCUGUUACGCACAACGCUGUGUACAUGCUGCUGAGGUUAUUAGGCAAGGACACAGGAGACACUGUUGAUCCUGUGAGGAAUCUAAUAAAGCCUGGCGAGACCCUGAAGGGUAUACGGCUGGGCUGUGUGCUGGUACCGUGGCGCUGUGUCCGCCUCGCGCUGCAGCCGCCGGCCGCGCCGCCCAUGCCUGUUACGCACAACGCUGUGUAUAUGCUGCUCAGACUACUAGGCAAGUUCUUGGAGCGCCUUAUCAUUUCAGCUACAGGACUCCUACAGGAUACAGUCACAGGAUCAAGAAGAAUCUAUGAAGCCUGUGGCGCCGGCGACCGCCAGGCGCUGCAGCCGCCGGCCGCGCCGCCCAUGCCUGUUACGCACAACGCUGUGUAUAUGCUGCUGAGGUUAUUAGCUACAGGACUCCUACAGGAUAUAGCCACAGGAUCAACUGCUGAACCCUGGCAGAACCUGGGCGUAUCUCUUGAAACCCUGGUCGGUAAAGCUGGCGCCGGCGACCCAUGCCUGUUACGCACAACGCUGUGUACAUGCUGCUGA